CAAAUCAUCAAGGUGAUACGGAUAUUCAGCACCUGGACUGCUCUCUGCUAUGAAAAAAGGUCAGACGUCAUUUAAUGACAGUAUGGAGUUCUGGGGACCUCCUAAAAUGAUUCUUCUAACUGCUCUGUUAAAUGGUGUUUGGUGUAGAGAUUUUAACAUCAGUCUGCCGGGGAGGACUGACGCUCUGAGAGGAUCAUGUGUCAUCAUAAACUGUGGAUUCGAUAUUAAUAACACAUAUGACAGAUAUCUCAAUGACAGUGCAUUGGGAGUGUGGUAUAAAGAUGGUCAUCAAGCAAGUAAUCUAGUGUUUAAUUCCAGCAGCCCUAUAAACACCUUUAAAGGAAACAUAACCGGAAAAUUGAAAAACAAAAACUGUACCACCAUCUUUUAUAACGUUAGUUUAAAUCAUAAUGGCACAUUUUUCUUCAAAAUUGAUGGUGGAUUGAAAUGGACGUAUGCGGAAAGAUCUGCUUUAAUAGUUGUUAAUGAAUCUCCUCCGAAACCCACAGUGCAGAUGUUUAAGGAUCAGAUGGAGGUUGAGGGUCAUGAGGAGGUGUUAGAGGGGAGCUCUAUGUGUCUGCGCUGCUCUGCUAAGACUCUCUGCUCCUCUUCUCCACCAACUCUCACAUGGAGCUCCACUGACAGACUCCACCUCAAUGAGAGCAGCAGACUACAGCUGGAUCAACAGAAACAAACUGAGAUCAUCUCUGAUCUGAACUUCACUGCUACUCACCUUCAACAUGGAGUCACUUUCAUCUGCACUAUAACCUACCAGCUACAGCAGAGGAACACAACAGCACAGAGCAACAUCACAUUACGUGUUCAGUAUGCCCCUAAAGUAUCUUUCUCAUCAAGCUGUACCCAUAGGGAUGUAACAGAGUAUUUGUGUAAGGCUCAUGGAAAUCCCUUUCCUAAAGUGGAGUGGCGUCUAUCUGGACGUCCUGUCAGUAACUCUACAAACACAUCCAUCAGCGAGGAGCGACUGAGCGGCACAGAUUUGAGUAGCUUCAUUACUCUCCAUCAGUCACUUACACACACAGACACUCUGCAGUGUGUUAUCAUCAACACUCACGGCACUGCCAGUCAACAGAUUCAGUUGGUUCUCUUAGUCAAAGAAGGUAACCACCCUUACUCUUUCCUGCUUGGAGUUGCUGGUGGGGCUUCAGUGAUGAUGCUUUUAUGGCUUAUACUUCUCUGUCCAAGCAGAAAGAAACACAAAUCUUCAAAAACAAGACAAGAAGAUACACUGAGUGUCAGGGAGAAUGAAGAAGAGUCUGUUUAUGUCAGUGAAGGUAUGCUGUCACCUUAUGGAGCUACUAUACCGAGUAACCAAGAAUCCCUCCAUUAUUCCUCCAUUGACUUCACAAACAACGAAACAGAGUCGGGAGAGAUCAGGGGCAUCUCCUCACUUACAACUGACUAUGCUGUUGUGCGACAUUAUUCGGCACCUUGCUCUUCUGACCCUCAGUCCAACAGCAACACCUCACCAGACGUGAUGGAUUCCUAGAAAAAUAUUUCCAUACCAGGAAAGGAAUCCCAGAUCAGAGAACUUUCCACCCAUGCAGAAGACACGACAUAUGAAAAUAUCACCCAUCCCAAAUUUGCUCCUGGGGAACCACCGUCGGUCAUGCAUGGAGAUGAUGUCACAAAACAAGCUCUGUAAAAACAACAACCCCAAGUUGCUUACAUUGUUAAAUUCUGAUCUUAACGCAAAAGUGAAACAAUGCUGCCCAGACAGCUAGAAUCACUUCAAUCUACAAUAUGUGAUCUUUAAAUACAAAUUACUUGGAGUUUGCAUGUUCUCCUUGUGUCAGCGUAGGUUUACUCUGGGUACUCAAUUUUCUUCCCACAGGCCAAAAACAUGCAAGUUAGGUAAAUUGGUUAUACCAAAUUUCCCCUUCUCAACCUUUGUAUAGAUUUUUUUAGUGGGUGAAUUUGUGUAUGGAUUAACCGGUUCUCGCCAUGAAUAUAGCCAUAGAUGCUGGAAUGGCGUGAAGAAUAAAUAAAGAAAUACAAAUUUCUUAAAUAGGCCUAAUUUAUAUUUUUCAAAAUGUGUUAUAAGAUCUACCAAAUCGAAUGAACUGGAAUAUAAUUAGUUUUAGAUAGAUUAUAAAGUUAGUAUAAUCAUCAGAACACAACGCAAGUCAUUAAAUAAAGAAAGAGCAGCCAAUAAGAGCCCAGAAUAGAUGGGAACUCAUUCAGUACUAUUUAAAAAUUAUCCCAGGGUAAGACCUGAAAAAGUUGGAUUGAAACAAUAUGUAAAUUUACUUGCAAAUUCUAGGCAAAGGGUGACCACAUUAGUGAUGCAAAAUAAAACAUAUUUUGAUUUGUUUUGGAUUGCUUUAGUUACAACAAAUUCCCACAGUAAUGUUUGUGAUAAAGGAAUGAAAGAGUAAUGUAGAAAAAAAGAGUAAGUGACCCUAAACCUUAUGCCCUGUAAUUUUUUUACAUUUGGAGAAUCUAUAUUUUAUAUCUUUUGCCUUAAUAAGGGGCACAAUUGAGAAUUAUGUUUUUGUACUAUAUUUUAUUAUAGACAAUACAGAAAGCUGAUUCAAUUGUGUAAUUUCUACGCCAUGUUUGUAAAGAUUUCCCAAACACGCCUCCAACUGUCAUAGACUAAACAAAUAGAUAGCCCGGCCCUUAACCCAUGCCAUUUUGUUAAGCUAAUGAUGUUAUAUCAGGCUGGAAAGGAUUCUUAAACAAACAGAGCAAUGUUUUUAUAGUAACAAGUCACAGAGUUUGCAGGGCCAAGAGGCACUGGUUUAGAUUUUGUAAAUAAAGAACGACAAAGUAUAAAGAUCUUUAUUCACAGACAGGAUCUGAAGUGUUAUUUUUAAUGUGGACAGAAAGCUGAUUGAGAAAUGACUGUUUAAAUACAAUGGCCAAUUUAAUCUGCAUCGUUGCACGUCAUCAUUACAUUUGCAUAAAGACAUUUGCGUUUACUAUGCAUUUAAGAGAACCAUACCCUGACCACGUCCUGAGAUGGAGUCAGCUUGGUUCACUUAAAAGUUUUUUUGGAAC